AUAGGAUUGGGCUCAAUGCACACUGAAUUUGUGCUUGCGUCAUAAGAGUACAACAGCUCAAUGUGCACAGGGGGUUUAUGUUUCCUAUGCUGAGGCUGCUGGUUUCAGAUGCAGGUGGACAGGUGAUGAGAUGAUCUGGCCCUUUCACUGCUGAUUCAGUCCGUUACAGCGUCCACAAAAAUGAGUACCGGGGGAAACUCCUGAACCAACGCUGGACGCGAGGAGACAAGAUCAGCCGCUGCCGGCCCUCUCUCAGACUGCAGAGUCGACCAAUCAAAAUGAGUUUGGAUACUGAUGACAAGCGCACACGCACACGGUCCAAAGGAGGAAGAGUUCCCUCUGAGAUUGCUGGACAGGAGCUGAGCUGCCCUACACCAGGAUGCAAUGGCUCAGGGCAUAUCAGUGGCAAAUAUGCCCGACACAGAAGUUCUCUGAGUUGCCCAUUGGCCAGAAAAAGGCGGCUGCAGGAAGCAGAGUCAGACCAGCCCUCCUCCAAGAGGAAGUCCAACCCACUGAAGCUGGCGAUGGAUGAAGGCUUCACUGCAGAGAGUGAGGGCAGUGGAGAGGAGACAGAGAUGAGGGAGGAAGAUGAGGAGGAUGAAGGAGUACAGCAGCAGGGUGGUGAGCAAGAGCAUGAAGUAGAAGAGGAGCAAACAAAACAGAACACAGAGAGCACUAAUACAGAGGAAGAUGAUGGUGAUGAAGAGGAGUGUAUCAUUAUUGAGGACUCUAGCUCAGUGAAGCCUAAAAUCUCAAUCUCUGAAGAUCUCUCCAACUAUCAGCACAUAGUGCUCAACUCAAUGCCACACCUCAACAGCAACAGCAAGUGUGGUAUGUCCCCUAAACAGCAACAACAGCCCGUCACAGAAAGCAGUAGCCCUUUUACGGAACCAGAAGAGGAAGAAGAGAAAGAAGAAAAUGGAAGAGAGGAAGCUAAGUACCAAGUAGACAUUUUGGCAUCUAAGGAGAAUGGAGUGAUGAGGAAUUCAGCAGAGAUGGAAGAUGAGGAAGAUGACAUUCAUUUUGAGAACCCAAAAGAGACAGACCACCAGUAUUUUAUUGAAGAAAUGCAUGCACAACAAGCCGAGGAUGAGGAUGACGAUGACGAUGAAGGACUGGGGUCUGAGACUCAAAAGGAAGAGAUAUUCAAAGAGGAAUACGAUGACGUUAAGUCUGAAGAGGAAGGGGAAAGAGAAUACGCCCCUUCUUUUAUCACUGCCACUCAGGGAACCCUUGUAAGAGAAGACUAUGUUUCCCACAAUCCCACCUUGCCAGAAAACUACAGCUCCAUUAAUCCAACCAUGACUUCUCCUAUGGUCUUCGAAGUGCAGUCGGAGGAGUCGGAGAGAGACGGUGACGUGGAUGGAAUUGAUGACAACGGGGACGACGACAGUUUGUCUCAGCGAUCGACAGUGGCAGAUGAGUCAGAGAUGUACGAUGUAAUGCGGGGGAACCUGGGGUUGCUAGAGCAGGCCAUUGCCUUGAAAGCCCAACAAGUCAAAGCUCACCGUGAGUUUGCUCGCAUUCCCGAGCACCACCGUUUCUUUUCACUGGAUGACCGGCCCAACAAACACUUGGAACAUCUUCACAAAAGCUGCUUUGGAAAAGAGAGUUCUAGAUCAGAGAAGAGAGAGAUCAAAUGCCCAACCCCUGGGUGUGAUGGAACAGGUCACGUGACCGGACUCUAUCCCCACCAUCGCAGUCUGUCAGGCUGCCCACACAAAGAUCGGAUCCCUCCAGAGAUCUUGGCCAUGCAUGAGAACGUCCUAAAGUGUCCAACGCCAGGAUGCACUGGUCAGGGUCACGUCAACAGCAACCGUAACACACACCGCAGUUUGUCAGGAUGUCCCAUUGCUGCUGCCGAAAAGCUCUCCAAAAGUCUUGACAAGCAACACCUGUCUCAGCCUGUGGGUGAACAUCUCAAUGGCAGCCCUAACUCUGACCGUGUACUCAGGCCCAUGUGUUUUGUGAAGCAGUUGGAGAUUCCUCCACCCGGCAGCUACAGGCCCAGCCUCGUCCCAGCCACGCCACGCGCUAAUCUGGCCAAGGAACUGGAGAAGUACUCCAAGGUGUCCUUUGAUUAUGCAAGCUUUGAUGUGCAGGUGUUUGGCAAGCACAUGCUCGCCCCAAAGAUGCACACCAGCGAAACUUCACCCAAAGCCUUCAAAUCCAAACCUCCAUUCCCCAGAGCCUCCCCGCCAAGUCCCAGCAUGCAUGCUGGUUAUGGAAAGAGCUCCUCCAGCAGUUACGAUUAUUCCCACGACGCUGAAGCCGCCCACAUGGCUGCCACUGCAAUCCUCAAUCUGUCCACACGCUGUUGGGAGAGACCAGAGAACCUCAGCAUCAGACACCAAGAAAAGAGUAUGGAAAUAGAAGUAGACGAGAAUGGCACCUUGGAUUUGAGCAUGAAGAAGCCAGUAAAGAAAGAACUGGGCAUGUCUUGCACCAGUUCUGAAGUGCGCUCCCCUGAUCUGUCUUCAUCAUCUUCAUCUUCAUCGUCAUCUCUACACCAUGGCAACAAUAGCAUCUCGCCCCACUCUUUACACACCUACAAACAAGAGGAGUGGGAGGGCCCUCUGGACUACACCAAACCCAAUCGGCAGAGAGAAGAGGAGCUAGAAGAGAUGGACCACAGCGCUCAGUCAUUUGCCUCGUCUGACCCAGAGGACUGCGACAUUAUGCAGGACACCCUUGAAGACAGGAAUUACCCUGGAGAGGUCACAACCCCGAGCUUCAAGGUCAGGUUCCAGCCCAAGGACACCAAGAAAGAGCUCCUGCUGUGUCCUACUCCUGGGUGUGACGGCAGUGGACACAUCACUGGAAACUAUGCAUCCCAUCGCAGCUUGUCUGGGUGUCCUCUCGCUGAUAAGAGUCUUCGGUCCCUCAUGGCAGCACACACAACUGAACUCAAAUGUCCAACCCUAGGAUGUGAUGGUUCAGGGCAUAUAACAGGCAACUACGCUUCUCACAGAAGAUGCCCAGUGCCAGGUUGUGACAGCCUGGGUCAUAUCAGUGGAAAAUAUGCCACUCACCGCAGUGCGUAUGGAUGCCCGCUGGCGGCCAGGCAGCAGAAGGAGGGUUUGCUGCAUGGGUCACCUUUCUCCUGGAAGGCGUUUAAGACAGAGGGUCCCACUUGCCCCACACCCGGGUGUGACGGAUCAGGACACGCCAAUGGCAGCUUCCUUACCCACCGCAGUCUCUCAGGCUGCCCCAGAGCCUCCCUCAAUAAAAAGAAAGCCAAGUUUCCUGGUGAAGAAUAUCUCAGCACUAAGUUCAAAGCCAGUGAUGUGUUAGACAAUGAUGAAGACAUCAAGCAACUAAAUAAAGAAAUCAAUGAGCUCAAUGAAUCCAACAAUGAAAUGGAGGCAGAUAUGGUCAACCUUCAAACACAGAUCACAUCCAUGGAGAAAAACCUGAAGAACAUCGAACAGGAGAACAAGAUGAUUGAAGAACAGAAUGAGGCUCUGUUUAUGGAGCUGUCUGGACUCAGUCAAUCUCUUAUACGCAGCCUGGCCAACAUCCGUCUGCCUCACAUGCAAGAGCCAAUCACAGAGCAGAAUUUCGAGAGCUACAUCAGCACCCUGACUGACAUGUACACCAAUAAGGACUGUUACCAGAACCCAGAGAACAAGGCCCUUCUGGAGACCAUCAACAAGGCAGUGAAAGGCAUCAAGGUCUGACUCAGCCUAGAGGUGUGGAAAAGAAACAGAGGCAUGGAGCCAUGGGAAGUGUAUAAAAAUGACACAAAAAAGG